AUGUCACCCAGACACAGGGAUGUCACACAGAGACNCGGCCCCGGCGGCCGCGCUGAGCCCCCGGCCCCGCAGUACAUCCAGGCCGAGCCCCCCACCAACAAGUCGCUGUCGAGCCUGGUGGUGCAGCUGCUGCAGUUCCAGGAGGAGGUGUUCGGGAAGCACGUCAGCAACGCGCCCCUCACCAAGCUGCCGAUCAAAUGCUUCCUGGAUUUCAAGGCGGGGGGAGCCCUGUGCCACAUCCUGGCAGCCGCCUAUAAAUUCAAGAGCGACCAAGGAUGGCGGCGUUUCGAUUUCCAGAAUCCCUCGCGCAUGGACCGCAACGUGGAGAUGUUCAUGACCAUCGAGAAAUCCCUGGUGCAGUGCCGAGGAUCCCUGCUCAGCCCCAUGUGCCCCACAGAGGAGUGGGUCCGGCCCGUGAUGAAGCGUGACAAGCAGGUGCUGCUGCACUGGGGGUACUACCCCGACAGCUAUGACACCUGGAUCCCGGCCAGCGAGAUCGAGGCGUCCGUGGAGGAUCCCCCGACAGCGGAGAAGCCCCGGAAGGUCCACGCCAAGUGGAUCCUGGACACGGACACCUUCAACGAGUGGAUGAACGAGGAGGAUUACGAGGUGACGGACGAGAAGAGCCCCGGCACCCGCAGGAAGAAGAUCUCGGCCAAGACCCUGACGGACGAGGUGAACAGCCCCGACUCGGACCGGCGGGACAAGAAGGGGGGCAACUACAAGAAGAGGAAGCGCUCGCCCUCCCCCUCGCCCACCCCCGAGGCCAAGAAGAAGAAUGCGAAGAAGGGACCCUCCACCCCCUACAACAAAUCCAAGCGUGGGCACCGCGAGGAGGAGCAGGAGGACCUGACCAAGGACAUGGACGAGCCCUCGCCCGUCCCCAACGUGGAGGAGGUCACCCUGCCCAAAACGGUCAACACCAAGAAGGACUCGGAGUCAGCGCCCGUCAAGGGGGGCACCAUGACAGACCUGGAUGAGCAGGAAGAUGAGAGCAUGGAGACGGCUGGCAAGGACGAGGAGGAGAACGGCACGGGCAGCAAAGGGGAGCAGGCCAAGAACCCUGACCUGCACGAGGACAACGUGACAGAGCAGACCCACCACAUCAUCAUCCCCAGCUACGCCGCCUGGUUCGACUACAACAGCGUCCACGCCAUCGAGCGCCGCGCCCUGCCCGAGUUCUUCAACGGCAAAAACAAAUCCAAGACCCCCGAGAUAUACCUGGCCUACCGUAACUUCAUGAUCGACACGUACCGGCUGAACCCGCAGGAGUACCUGACCUCCACGGCCUGCCGGCGCAACCUGGCCGGCGACGUCUGUGCCAUCAUGCGGUGGGUCCGGCCGGGGGCUGGCCACGGGCUGGGCACCCCGGGGAGAUGUGGGGACAGGGGAUAUGGGGACAGGGGAUAUGGGGACAGGGGACGUGGGGGCCCCAAGGGACAUGGGGACAGGAGACAUGGGACAGGGGACGUGGGGAUGGGAUGUGGGGACAGGGGACAUGGGACAGCCCUCUCCCCCGCCCCACAGGCCCUGGAGAUGUACAAGGACGACUGGAACAAGGUGUCGGAGCACGUGGGCAGCCGCACGCAGGACGAGUGCAUCCUGCACUUCCUGCGCCUGCCCAUCGAGGAUCCCUACCUGGAGGACUCGGAGGCCUCGCUGGGACCCCUGGCCUACCAGCCCAUCCCCUUCAGCCAGUCGGGCAACCCCGUCAUGAGCACCGUGGCCUUCCUGGCCUCCGUGGUGGAUCCGCGCGUGGCCUCGGCCGCUGCCAAAUCGGCUCUGGAGGAAUUCUCCAAGAUGAAGGAGGAGGUGCCCACGGCGCUGGUGGAGGCCCACGUGCGCAAGGUGGAGGAGGCGGCCAAGGUGACCGGCAAGGCCGACCCCGCCUUCGGGCUGGAGAGCAGCGGCAUCGCCGGCACCACCUCGGACGAGCCCGAGCGCAUCGGUCAGAGCGGCCGGGGGGUCCUGGGGUGUCCCAGGGGGUCCUGGGGGGUCCUAGGGGGUCCCAAGGGGUCCCGGGGGACUCCGAGGUCGGGACACCCGGACCUGGGGGGCUCGGGGGCCCUCGGGGGCUUGUCAGGAAUGUUCGGGGGGGCGGUGUUGGUCUCCCGGGGGGGCCGGGCCCCUGCUCCCCCCGGUUAUUUAUGA